AUGGGGGCUCAAGAGCGAGAGACAUACGAAAGCGACGUCGAGAUGGGCGGCCAGACUUCCGGGCUCACACCCGGCAACUCGGACGCCGCACCCACCCCGGACACCACCAAAGCGAAGCAACAAGACACCGGUUCGAGACAUCGUGACAAGGCAGAAGCCACCGGCAGCAGCCUGACCCAGGCAAGUGACCCUCGCGCCGUCCAGCAGCAGGCUGCGUCCGACAACAGUGGUAGCUCGACCUCGGAUUCUAUUAUUCCUAGUCCCUCAAACCAGUCCACAGCUGCCACGUCGUUGAACACCGAUAUUGUUCCCACUGCCAUCUCUAUGCCCUCCAUCGAUGAACAAAUCGUCAAGGUGACGCAGCUAGCACAGCAGGAACUCCAAGAAGGGCAAAAGGGAUAUGUCGUCUCCGGGAAAUGGCUCCAGAGAGUGCAGUCGCGAGGCUCGGUCGCUGGCGAGGCCAGCAAGUUCGACAAAUCGGCGACUGAAGGUGAAAUCGGGCCAAUAGACAAUUCAGACAUUGCCAUGGUAAUCGAAGAAUCAACUCGGCUUCUGGACGAAGCUGGUGAGCCUUACGUGCCGCUUCGGCCUGGUCUGACCAUGGGUGAAGACUACGAGGUUCUACCGCAAGAAGCCUGGGACUUGAUAGUUUCAUGGUACGGUGUUGCGAAGGACUCUCCGAUCAUAACGCGAUACGCCCAUGACUGGAGUGAGCCCGAUGCUCUUCCUAAUGUGACUUGGGAGUUGAGUCCGCCGAUCUUCUCGUUCCUCAAGGUGCCUAGUGAGCACACGACUCAGACACAGCGCGAGAAGGACCUGCCACCCCAGCGGCUGUUAGCCAGCAAGAAGGAAAACAUCAAUGAAUGGCUGAAAGAAGGCAAGAGGCUACUGGGCAUUGAUAACAACACCAAGGUCAGAGUUUGGAGGGUACUCGGGGGUCUCAAGAGCUCUGGUAAUUCCGGCGUACUGACCCCCGCGGCUUCGCGGAGUGCAUCCCCUGCACCAGGCGCAGAAAUCAUUGCAAGUGCCGGCGACAAGAUGCUUCUUGAUGUCAACACCUUUGUACACCUUCAGAUCGGCGAGCAGCGAGAGCUCUUAAACGCCCCGGAUCACACAGCGAACCCAAAAUACAACGGCAAGUCGACUCUCAGCACUGUCGGUCUUGGCAGGGAUGAAGUGAUCGUUUUGGAAGAGCAGAAGUCCGGGAAAGAUGAGUGGCCGAGUGAGAACCCAAAGCUCAGCUUGGGCAAAGCUCUCAAGACCGCACCCAAGAAUCUCGCCUCCAGUGGCAGAUCAAGCCCGGCUCCUGGAAUGAUGACACGUGGACGGCAGAAGCGGGAUGGGAGACCACGCGGCAUCACUGGACUGAGCAAUCUAGGCAACACCUGUUACAUGAAUUCCGCUCUGCAGUGUCUGCGUAGCGUGGAGGAACUGACCCAGUACUUUUUGCACGAUUACUGGAAGCAGGACCUUAAUGUGGAAAAUGCUUUGGGCCAUCAUGGGGAGGUGGCAAAGGCAUAUGCCAACUUGCUCCACCAGAUCUACGAUGAAAACGCCUCUUCCACGAACCCUUCGCGAUUCAAGGCCAUCAUUGGAAAGUAUGGACCAAGCUUUUCGGGCUAUCAGCAGCAGGACUCCCAGGAGUUUCUGCUGUUCUUGCUCGACGGCCUACAGGAAGACCUGAACCGCAUCCACAAGAAACCAUACAUUGAAAAACCUGAUUCGACCGACGACAUGGUACAUGAUACCGCAGCCUUGAAAGAGUUUGCCGACAAGAACUGGGAGAUCUACAAGGCAAGGAAUGACUCGGUGGUUACUGACCUGUUUGCCGGCAUGUACAAAUCCACCUUGACCUGUCCCGUUUGUCACAAAGUCAGCAUUAUCUUUGACCCAUUCAACAAUCUCACCCUACAGCUUCCGAUCGAAAAUAACUGGCAGAAGGAAAUUUUGUAUUUUCCCCUUCACAAACGACCAAUCCGGAUUGAUGUGGACAUCGACAAGCAUUCCAGCAUCAAAGGCUUGAAGGAAUUCGUCGCGUCGAGGACUCACGUCGAUGUGGAUCGGUUGCUGGUUGCGGAGGCCUACAAGAACAAGAUUUACAAGAUAUUUGACAACAACAUCAUUAUCUCCGAAGCCAACAUCCAGGCUGGAGAUAUCAUUUGUGUCUACGAGCUGGAGUCGGUGCCCACCAACUACAAUCCCAACAAAGCGCGGAAGUUCUCGCUCUAUACGAUCGGGCGGGAUAACGACGACGAGUUGGUAACGCCUGACAGUCCCGAAGCAGAGCGUCUAUUGGUCCCUAUGUACAACAGACUUGUCAAGACGCCAGCAUCACGGGUGGGUGCAAAGCCAUUCUUCGGUAUGCCCACAUAUCUUGUUUUGACCCGCGAGGACCGAGCGAGCUAUGAGGGCAUCCUGAAAAAGAUCUUGGGAAAUGUGGCUGGAAUGACUACGAGAAAGAUUUUCGAGGAAAGCGACAAUGCUUCGGAGCGUGGGGUGUCUACUGCACCUGAGGAUUCGGACACUGUGGUGAUGGCGGAUGACAUGUCGAGCACCGAAUCGAACCAACCUAGUGCGGUUUCGGUUCAAGGAGAGGACGGUAUUGUCGACGUCUCCAUGCGCGACGCCAGCCAAGCACCUGAAGCAAUGGAUCGUUCCAGCGACACAGUCUUCCACAACUUCCUGCGAUCAGAUUCUUCUAUUCCCAGCCAGCUGCGCGGUCUUUUCACCAUUCAUGUCGUUUCGACCGGCGAAGGGAUCCCCACAGGUUGGAACCAGAUCUCAGAGUCCCAGGACUAUGACCCCAUCGUCAAUCGAAUCCCAAGAUCCGUGUCUCAUCGUGCAAAGAAAGAGUCUGAGGCAUCAGAGCUCGCCAACGGUGGUGACAGCGGCUCGGUGAGCAGCGAGGAUGGGCAUGCGGAUAUUGAGCAUGAGGAUGCCACGGCUGGUAGCAAUGACUCUGAUUCCGAGUCGAAUGCAACUCCUCCGCUACCGUCGGGCCCUGAUUCUGACACCGAGUUUCCGGAAGUUCAGGAAGUCUUGAAGCCGCGGCAGCCCAUGUCGAAGAAGGCACUAAGACACAAGAAUCGGGGCAAGAAAUAUGGCCGGCGCAACAAUCACCGCCGAACACCACCGGCUCUUCCUCCGCCUCAGCCGAUGCCCAAAGUCAAAAGUGACGAUUUGAUUCGGCCAGGUGAAGCCAUAGUCCUGGACUGGAGCCAAGAGGCCUGGGAUGCCUUGUUUGGUGGGGCGGAACAAGAGAACGCAGAAAUGCGCGGUGCGCCGACCUGGAAGAGUGUCGAGUUGUUUCACGAUGAGGAGUUGCAAGCCAGACGUGUUCGGCGCUCAAACCGCAAGAAGAAUGGCAUCUCAUUGGAGGAUUGCUUAAACGAGUUCGGCAAGCCUGAGACUUUGUCUGAACAAAAUGCCUGGUACUGCCCGCGCUGCAAAGAACACCGGCGAGCGGAAAAAAUGUUUGAAUUGUGGAAGGCUCCUGACAUUCUUGUCAUGCAUCUCAAGCGCUUUAGCAGCAACCGGAACUUCCGAGACAAGCUGGAAGUGAAAGUGGACUAUCCUGUGGAAGGUCUUGAUUUGUCGGCCAUGGUUAGAGACCAGCAGGAUGGUAAGAGCUUGAUCUAUGACUUGAUCGCGGUCGACAACCACUAUGGAGGACUUGGCGGUGGGCAUUACACUGCUUAUGCGAAGAAUUUCGUGAACAACAUGUGGUAUGAAUUCAAUGAUUCCCAUGUCACCCAAAAAUCCGAUCCCCGGUCCGUUGUUACCAGUGCGGCGUACCUUUUGUUCUAUCGCAGACGGUCGGAUGACCACCCUUUAGGCGGGCCGAGGUUGCAAGAGUUGCUGGAGUCGAGCAGCCUUGGCGAAGCCGACUCUGAGCAGCCGACAGAUUCGCGGGGAGCCUCACCAGUGACGGGGGAAGGUCGGCGACUCGGCGACUCCUCCCACAAUGGGUUGUCGAGCGCUUACCCAGCCGGUCCAAGUCACCGCGUGGGAGCGGAUGGCUCAGCAGUGGAAGAAGAAAAUCAGGAUCCAGGUCUACUAGCCGCAGGCGACAGUCCACCGACACUGCUCGGGCCACCAGCCGAUGAUGAAUUGCCACCAUAUGAGGCGGCGAUUGCAGAGGACGAAGGGAUCAUCAUGGAAGAUGGCGGACCUUUGUGGCAACAGACCUGGGGAUUCGAUGGGCUGCCGGCUGGUCGGCGGGUGCCUGCGCCUUCGGAGGAAGACGGCAUGUUCGACGACAGAGGCAGUUCCAAUGACAGUACGAGGGUAGAAGGCAAUGUGGGAAGUCCCGCGCGCAGUCUGCUCGGACUGGAUGAUGGUGAGGGCUUGAACGAUCCCAUCUAUAGUGAACCCAUCGUGCAGGACGAGUAUGGCCCGCGCAACCUACGCGAGAGUGCACCACCACCCGAGGUUCCAGGCAUUGGGGAGGACGACGAAGAUGAUCCGCCUGUGAUGGAACUCCAUGCGGAUCCGUCGAACAACGACGAACUGGUGUUCAAUCCAGCUUCCAGAUGA